ACGGGGGAACGGAUGCUCUGGCAUUAGGCACAGCGAGCAGGGCCCUGGCAAGAGGCAAGGAACCCGCAGGGCUCCUGCACUUCUCCCUGGUGGCUGGGAUCCCUGGGGAAUGCAGGCAGCAUUAAACACAGAACACUAAAUACUGCUGCUCAGGGCAGGGGGUCUUCCUGCAGAGGAGGCUCUGCUGGACCAGCACCAGCAGAAAAGGGCUCAGAUUCUGAGCAUUCCCUAGAGAACCUGCUGGACUUGUAUCGGCAGAAAAGUGUUUUUCUGAGCAUCCCCUAGAGAACCUGACCAGCAGCAUGGAGCUGAGGUCGGGUGAGGCAUCAGGGAAGGUAAAAGAAAAGGAGGAGAGAGGAAAGAGAGCCCACAGAGACUCCUCCCGAGACGUGCUGGAGUGGAGGGAGUCCUUUGACCAGCUCCUCAAGAGCAAAAGUGGGGUAAAUGCCUUCCACACCUUCCUGAAGACUGAAUUCAGCGAGGAGAACCUCGACUUCUGGCUGGCAUGCGAGGACUUCAAAAAGACCCGGUCGAAAACCAAGCUGGCCUCCAAAGCCAACAGGAUCUUUGAGGAGUUUGUCCAAAGUGAGGCGCCCAGGGAGGUGAACAUCGACCACGAAACCAGGGAGAUCACCCGCAAGAACCUCUCGGGGGCCACCUCGGCCUGCUUCAACGAGGCGCAGGCCAAGACGCGCACGCUGAUGGAGAAGGACUCCUACCCCCGCUUCCUGAAAUCCGCCUCCUACCAGGACAUGAGCCGGCAGGCCGCCAGCCGCGGCUCCAGCAAGCGCUCGCACACCUGACCCGGCCCGCGGCCAGGCGCGGGCGGGAUGCGCUGCGUGCGCCCGAGCGCCGGGCUGCUGGCUGAACUGCUGGGAUCUGAGCGGGAUCCCCGGCGCCUCCCGCUAGCGUGGAGCCGGCACUGCGGAGCACGGAGCCUCCCCUCGCACACGCGCUCGGGAAGAGCUCGGGUUUGAGCUGCAGGUCCGGGGAAGGACAUGGCAUUCGUUCCCCCGAGCAUCCACAAGCCACGAGCAUCCUGCUCACGGGAGCCUGCCACUCCCACUCGCUGGGAAUGGCCAGGAUGAAAACCCCGAGGCUUGGUGGCGUUUUCAGCUGCACCUGCCUUCUCCUGAUCCCAAGAUCCUCCAGCUGUGUCCUGUGCAUGCUCUGCAUCGAAGCUUUCCACCUCCUUCCAGUGCAGUGACGUUCCUAUCCCUCGCUUGAGCUCCACGACCUUCAGAUUAGGCACGUGCCUGAUGUUUUAUUCCUAUUAUUGUUAUUUAUUUCAUCAUUGUUGCUGUUAUUAUAUCUAUAUUUAUCAGAGGAGCACUGCUGAAAGCACACACGCAUGUCCCUUGCUCCGAGGAGCUUGUAAAUUAAAUUAUUUUAGCUGUUGUAGCACUUAGCAUGGCUCCCACCUUUCCUGUGUAAUAAUUUGAGAGGACCAGGCAGAUUUGUAGCACAACUGUGGAGUGAGGUAUGCCAGUAGCAGCAGGGAGAGCUGCUAGAAGCUUUGGAGGACCAUGGAUGGCAGUGCAAGGAUGCUUUGCAGCCCAUGUUGUUCCCUCUCUCCCUUUAAAGUUGUGGAAGGCAUCUCAGCACACAGCAGCUUAUCCUAGGCUGGGAACAGAGAGGUCAAACAGGCAACUCUAUGGAAACCUUGAUUUUCACACAUGGGAGAGAAAACCCGGGGCUUUGCCUGCGUUUAUAAUUGGGCUUGGUGCUCCCUGGGAUGGUGAAACCAUUCUGCAGCCACAGCACUUUUCCAGAAACCCGUGGAGUGAGCCAAACUGGUGCUGUGAAUCCAGUGACUGGGAGGGGUGGCAGGACACAUCAUCAGCCCAGAGCUGGAGGCAGCUCUUCACAAAGUCCCUCUCAGCAGGAAUUCUGGACUCCUGGAGAGGUGUGGAGCCCACCUGGCAGCAGCUGCCUGGGUGGGAGAUGUGGAGCCUGUGCUGGGCCCUGGGGAAUGUGCCAGCAGCACUGCUCCCUGCUGCUUUCCAGGGCUCUGCUUAUCCCUGAAGACCAAACCUGGAGAUCCUUGUCCCACUGGUACUCACUCCUUGCCACAGGAACUCUCUUUUGCCCCCCUGUCCCAGCCACAGCCAGAGCACAGCAUCCUUGGGGCUUUUCACAGCUGCUUGAGCAGAGCAAGGGACCAAGGACCAGUCUGGGGAUGUUACUCUGAGUGCUCCUCCACCAUCCCCAUCCUGGUCCCACCUCUGAGCCUCUGGCUGUUGUCCUGGCUGUGUUUACAGGGAGAUAUCAGCUGCUUCCUUAUUUAUUAUUUAUUUUUACAACUGGAACCACCUUUGCUGUGUUACUGAAGCGGGUGAUGCACAAUGGUCUGUUCUCAUUACUGACGUCAAGUUGUCCUUACAAAAUAAAAUAUAUAGCGAAAAAUAGCCUGACAGCAUGGGCUGGGUCUGCUUUUUUUUUUUUUUUCUAGUUGUGAACUUUCAGUUAAAUUUUACAUUCUAAUUCUGGAUGCUUUGCAAAGCUGCUUGGGUUGGCUGACUCAGGGAGCAUUUCCAGUCACUUUAAAAGUGACAGUGUCAAGAGCAGGAAAGAAAGAGGGAAGAAUUUUGAAGCAUAAAUCUUUGUGGUAUUUGGUUUAUCGAAGAAAACCAACCAGAUGAUACAAAGAAUAAAAGUAGAAGGGAAGUUUUCAAUGUAUGAGCUGCCAAGGUAUUCAGUACUGCUUGUGUUGCUCAUAAUUUCUGAGCCCAUUACAGCACUGCAGUUCCCAAUAUCUGCUCAGUAUUAGUAAAACACAAAUGUCUUACAAUUGAGAGGGUGCAAUUUUUUAUGCAGAAGAAACCCUGCUUUUGGGUCACUGACAUAAAUAAUACCUGAUUUUUGUCAGCAACAAAAUCAUCAGUGGGACCUGAUGAUUGAAUUCAUUGACAAUGGGGAAACUCUCUGGUAUCAGAGGGGUUAUU